CUGGAUUACCAGGGAAGUCUCCCCCUCUCACAUUCUCUCUUCCCACUAUACUUUGUGGUUAUUUGAGUGCAUUUCUAUCUCCUCUAAGAAAUGGCAACCCACUCCAGUAUUCUUGCCUGAAAAAUCCUAUGGACAGAGGAGCCUGGUGGGCUCCAGUCCAAAGGGUCGCAAAGAGUGUGACACGACUGAGUGACUAAACACACAUGCACACUGUCUCCUCUGUUAGAUUUUAAGUUCUUCAGUGGCUCAGACCUUGUCUUAUCUCUCUCCUUGGGGCCCAUCACACAGCACAGCUCACAGAACAGAUGCUCCAGAAAUGGUUACUGAGCCUUCUGCUUGAUGCCUCAGGCUUGUUGACAAUGCCACACUUGUCACCUGCCUGGGAAAUUUCCUCUAUAAAUAAGCAGUUUCUGUUUCAAGUAUGGUUUGCUCUUGCUGCAUAUAUCCCCUCUCUUACUUAACUCAAGCCUCAAACUUAGAAACUGGAAUUAGUGUUGGUAUUCAAAUCCUUAGCCACAGUACAAAGAGUCAGCCCCCUUAAGAACCAAGUCAUCAAUGUGAAGUUCUGUUUUUUCCUCGACAUUCUGGCUGUCGUCACUACAUUUGCUGGGGAAUUCUCAACAAGAGUUUACUUGUCCUUCCAUGCUGUUCUUUCAGCGGUUUCCUUGUUUCUUUUUGUGAUCCAGUUCCAGAUGGCUCAGCGGUGCUCCCCAAAUGAAUAUUUUGACAGAUUGCUGAAUUCUUGCAUAUCGUGUCAACUUCGAUGCCCUAAUACCCCUCCUGUAAUAUGUCAGCAUUAUUGUAACACAAUGAAAGGAACAAAUACAUUUCUCUGGACCUGUUUGGGCCUGAGCUUGAUAGUUUCCUUGACAGUUUUCGUAUUGAUGUUCUUGCUAAGGAAGAUGAGCUCCGAACCAUUAAAGGACAAACUUAAAAACACAGGAGCGGUUCUCCAGAAGAAUGCUAAUGCAGACCUGGAUGUUAGCAAUAACAGCACCAUCGUGGCUGAAGCUCUUCUUUCGAGAGGCCUGGGGUACACAGUAGAAGAAUGUACGUGCGAAGACUGUGUCGGGAGCAAACCGAAGGUCGAUUCUGACCAUUUCUUCCCCCUCCCAGCCAUGGAGGAAGGCGCGACCAUUCUUGUCACCACGAAAACAAAUGAGUACUGCAGUCUGCUCACUGCCACCCAUGUCACGGGGACGGAGAAGUCAAUUUAUACCAGAUAAUUAACCAUGUUAAUGCUAUAGUUACUUGGAAAAUCUUUGUCCUCAGGGAAGGAUGGUGUCUCAGAUCUCUUUAAGAUGAUUGUACUUAUCAGCAGAUGAUAUGGCUUUCCGUCCUCUAAUUCUGGAAAAUCUUUAUGUUAGCUAUGUUUUUCUACCUUAUUGUUGGGAGCUUAACUCUGGAAACUUCCUUGGUUUCAUGAUUAAAUUGACUCACUGAAAAAAAAAAACAAAAAAAGCACCGCAAUGUGUAGAUCCCACAGUCACAUAUUUCUAUGGUUAGGCAGCUUCUCUCCUACACAUGUGCACGUACAUUUCAGGACAGACUGGAUUUCUCUCUUUAUUGUUAAAGGAAAGCAAGGUGAUCCAAUGUACUCUCUGUAUAUAGGAGAAGCCUGGAGUCACCACCCUGCUUCGGUGUGCAGGGCAUGACUGGUUCCUGACUUGGGGAGCUUUCAGCUUCAUGGAGUCAUACAGGCAUUAUUAUAAUCAUAUAAAUGAACGUGUAGCUGCAAACUGUGAUAAAGGUGUACUCGGCAUCAUUUUUGCAGUUAACGCAGGAAGUAAUAAUGACAGAUAGCAUUUAUUUAGCCUUUCUAAUGUGCCAGGGGUUGUUCCAAGUGCUUUACCUGUACUAAGGCAUUUAAUGUACACAACAAAUCACAAGGUAGGUGGACCAUUACUAUCUCCCUGCUACACAUGAUGACAGAAAGGGAGUCAGAGCAAGGGUCACAUGGAUGGUAAAUGAAGAGCCAAAGGGAAACCCAGACGUUCUGAUCUAUCCCUUUUUCUUCUUCUCACAUCAAUUUAAUUCCAUUUCUGAGUUUCUCAUCUCAAUGGGUUACCCAUUGGGAGAGGGUUGCCUUCCUUGGGUUGUGCAAAGGUCCUGGGGUGUUAUGGAAACAGGCAAUGCCCUCUAGUGUCUGUUGACUUUGAUUCUUCUUAAGAUAAUACCCAUUAGCACUACAUCAGAGAACCUCGAGGUCUUGGGGCUUUGUGGCUUUUGUGUUGGGUUUGGGAUAUGGAGAAACUUGGUGAGACAUUUCUACCUACUUGGGGCCCAUCAUGGCUCCAUUCUAGGGCCUUGAGGGCCAUAGAUGGUACAACAUAGUGGUGAAGACACUGGCUCUUUGAGUUUGAAUCCUGACUCUGUUACUAGGAAGUUAUAGACACUGAGUGACUGAGACAGUUAACCACUCCCUGUUUCAGUCUCCCCAUCUGUAAAAUGGGGAUCAUGACAGUAUCUACUUAUAACAUUGUUUUGAAGA